ACACACACGCAGAAAAAAUACACAAAAUCUCUUCAGUCUGGAGAAAACAAAACGCCUGUCUGCAGUGAAAUGCUCUAAAUUAUUACAUUUUGCAUAAGUUAACUCUCGUAAAUCAUUGAAAAUUUGUCACUGUAUCGUUUGCUUCAGUGUUUUACUGCAGCAUUGUGUGCUUUUAACCCCCAACACAUCUAGGUGCAACGUGUCGUGCGGUGCAUUCGUCUGGCCGCUCCUAACAUGUCCUCCUGGAGUGCACUGACAGAGUGAAAAUUGUUGCCACAGCACAGCGACUGAACUUCCUGCGCGAAAAUGGCACCGGGCUCGAGCAACAAUCAGAACAACAACCGGCAGACGGGCACGAAACCGAAAUCGAAAGCGUCGAAGAAGAAUGCGGUCCCGCAGGAAAUCGUCGCCCCGACCCGGAGAGACCAGCUCCAGCAGCAGCUGAAUGUACUCGUCGACUGGGCGACCGUCUCCGGCGCAUCGUCGGUGGUGCAGAACAACAAUACGCAACAACAGCCACAACAGCAGCACUUCAGUGGCGCCCAGCACCCGCCGACAAGCGGCCAGCAGCAGCAGCAGCAGCAGCAAUCCCAGGGACAGAACGUUCUGCUGAAACCGCGCAACAAUCGGACACCAGGCGAGGGCACCUGUUACGAAAUCGAUAAUCUGUCGCUGCAAGAUAACAGCCGCUACAUACCGGUGCGCCCGAUCGUGCGGCGCAAUCUGCUGAACGAAAGUGCCAGCGGCGAACAGAACGAACCGCACAAUACGGCAGUCGGUGUGGUGAUUCCAACGACUCCCAACUCGGCGCUACAGCAAACCUUCCGCCUGAACGAGGGUGCCUCAGCGAGUGGUAGCGGUGGCCCGAUCGGUUCCACACACAGCGUCAACAAUCUUCUGCACAGUGGCGCAUCGGCUGGACAUUCCGCUUCCGGUGGCGCUUCCAGUACGGGCGUCAUACCGAAGCAGCAGCACAUCCUAAAUCCACUUCUACUGCUUCAACAACAGCAACAGCAGCAGCUACAUCAGCAGCAGCAACAAGCCGGACAGACACGCUCCACUUCUUCGCCGCUAAGCUAUCGCGUACCGGAUGGUGCCUCUCAGAAUCAGCUGAACUUGAACAAAAAUUCUAACCAUCACCAGCAGCAGCAGCAGCAGCAGCAUCAACAGCAGUAUAAUCAACCGCACCUAGCGACUGCAGCCGUGCCAUCGACUUCUUCCGGAUCGCGCUACGGGUCCGCCACCUUGCCAUUCAACACUGCCGGUGCUACGGUCGAGGAGACGCUAAAUCAGAUCCAGGAGUACAUCAAGCUUACCACCAAUUUGAUCUCAUCGGUGCAGAUUGAUAACGUGAGUGGCGUUGGCCGGCGGCAGCAGAGACAGAGAAGUAUGGGAGACGAGAGUUGUUACUUUGUGCCGAUUAACUCCGCCACACUGGAGGACGUGCAGCACUCCGAUACGGAGCUGAACGGUGGUCCUCGGCCCCAAUCGGUGCAAAGCAUCAGCACGAAUCAAUCGACAACGCCCGUGCCACCGUCCGCGUCCUGCGACGAGUUGCGCUACCGCAUGGAGACGCAGUCGAAAAACAUGCAGGCGUUGAAGGAGCAGCAGGCACACCUGCUUCGCCUGCAGCAAGCGGCCCGGCAGCAGCUGCAAGAGAUGGAAUCGAUUCGCCAUAUGCAUUCAGCUAGCGUAGCGCCACCGAUCGAAUCGUUCCAAACGGUCGAGCAGGUGCAGGACGGCAUCGGCAGCAUCAUGGAGCGGAUGCGCGUCCUCUCCACCUUUAUACAGAACCAGCAGGAGCUGAGCAACAUGCUCGGACCCGAGCACGAUGCGGACGUGAUGGCGGACCAGGUGAUACUGCAGCAAAAGUUUGCCGAACUGCGCGAUAAAAAGAGCCAGAUGCACAAUCUCGUGUCGGAGCUGCAGAAUCUGAACAUGGACGCAAACCGGCAGUUUGACGGUGAGGCUGCCGCUGUGCCCGCGGAACCACGGAACGUGCCGAUCGAGCUGACGCACGCUCCGGCCCCGGCGUCCGACGCAAGGAAUGCUACGAAAAUCUUCCUCAACGGAGGCGGCAGCACGAUGGAAGGUACGAGCGGUGGAUUGAACCCGGUGGCCACUGUCGAGGGCAUGUCCGUGCCAGCGCACCGGCAGCUGGGUGAAGAGCAACGGGCCAACGGGCAUAUGGCGUCGUCCGCUGCGGUGGACGAGGAAGACGACGAAGGACAGCUGAACGAAGAGGAAGCUUCGGUGUUGAACGGCACAGCCGACAUGUUGAGCGAAAAGAUCAAUGAAAUCAACGCGAUGAAGUCGCAGCUGCGGCGAUUGAAGGAGAUGAUGGACACGGUGAAGCUGAUCGAGAUGAAAACGGGCCACGAGUCGAUCGACGAGGAAGAGGAGGACGAAGAGGAUGCACCCGAGGACGAGGAAGAGGGCGAUGAUGAGGAAGAGGAGGGAGCUACGGCGAUUGCAAUGCAGCAACAGCAACAACAGCCACCUCACGCACGUUCUAGCAGAAGUCGUUCCCGUUCGAUGAGCUCGGCGCCGAUAACGCUGCUGCCGGACGGUACCACCAUCCCGAACGAGGCGGACGGCAGUGAGCUGUCCAACCAGGAGCGCGAGCAGCUAAACAAACGCGUCGAAGCGCUGCAUGCGAUGACGCAGGAUUUGCGCGAGCAGGCGAAAUCGAUCGCGGCCGAGCGCGAUCGCCUGAAGCACGCCCGGAACGAUCUGCACAAGCGCCGGAACAAUGUGAUGGAGCUGCAGCAGCAGGCCCAGCAUCAGUCGACCGAGAAGCUGACGAACCACGUCGCCUCGUUCGUGUCGCUGGCCGGGCCGAGCGGCCGUGUGCCGGCCGGCCCGAAGGAACGCCAGCAGAUGGAGCUGAAGGCCGAGCUGGAGCAGAAGAGGCGCGAGCUGGAGCGGAUCGAAAAGAUGACGCAGAGCAUCAAGAAAAACACGGAACUGUCGCGCUCGGCCGCAACGGAAGGCGUUGGUGCGCAUGAGCCGACCACUUCGGCCCACGACCCGAAACCGGCCGGCCCAUCGUCGGUGGUUUCGUCCUCGGUGGAGUCGUGCAGUGGUGGUGCGGGAUCGCAUCACCGCGGCACACCGUCCACGCACACGACCAUUCCGCCCGCACCGGCACCGUCGGCCAUUAGCGGCUCGCUGCAGAACAAUACGGCCGGCAGCAAUGCGACGAACGAUUCGAAAACCAACUCCGCCGACUCGGGCGUGACGUCGGAUAUCUUCGCUCACGCGCAGCUCGAGUCGGCCAGCUACCAGUCGAGCAGUACGCGCAGCUUCCCGCCGCCCAUGCCGGACAUUUGCAACCGCAAUGCCGCGGCGGAUCGGUAUCGAAUGAAGCGCAGCGAGCUGGAUGCGGACGGUGCGCCUGUUGGUGGUAGUGGUGGUGGUGCCGCCGGAACACGAGAUCAUCGUGGCUCUUCACCGUGGCCAGUGUUUGGGACGAGUGGCGGGGCGGGCGGAUUGUCCAGCUCGAACACGGGCCCCCACAGUCCCCAUUACGGGCAUCCGUACGGGCCGGGAAUGCACGACCUUUCGCACCAUGCGCCCGGCGCUGGGUACGUUGGGGUAGGUGUCGGUGCGUACGGCAGCAGCUGGAGCACGGGAGGCGGUCCGUACGGGGUAGCGGCCAACUUGCUGCCUCCUCACGCCGCCACCCCGAACACACCGCCCGAUCCGAUCGUCUUUCAGCACAUCAUGCAGACGCAGCAGAUGCUGAUGAACUCGAUCACGCAGUGCAAUCAGCUGCUGUGGAUUCAGCAGCGUGAAAUCAACAAUCUCAACAAUGCGGUCUUGUUGCUCCAGGAGCGCAUUCUCGGCACCAACAGCAGCAUGCUGCUGCACGAAACCCACGGCCCACCGAUGGCGGCCACGUUGAUUCGGGCCGAGUCGACGCCACCGAACAACAGCUCGUUGAACGCGUCGAAUGCGGCGGCCACCACGGCAAGCAGCAUGUACACGCGGGCCCGCUCCGAACAGCCGAUGAUGUCCCACCAGCAAUCCUCUCCCUACCAUCACCCCCAUGCCCUUCACCAUCCCACACCAUCCUCCAUGCUGCAGAGCAUGCCACCCUUCACCCAGCAGCCGCCCUACAGUCCGCACGCUGCCAUGCCGCCCAAUCACGCCAUGAUGUCCCCACAGCCGCUGGUGCCCAACGCCUCGCAAUGCUUGCCGCGUAACAAUACUAACCCCCUUGCCGGACAGGCCGGACUGCCACCGAGCGGUGCCAGUGCGGGACGGUUGCGCUCCAGUGUACGUCCGCUUAACAUUAACACGCUUAACAACGCGCUGUACGAUGAACAGUCCGGCGGUGGUGGUGGAGGCGUUGCUGCCAGCACGGAUGUCGGGCUGGCGAACGAGUACGGCAACACCGGAUCGGUCGCACCGAACAUGAUAAACAAUCUGUGCAGCAGCAGCUCGCAGCCGGCUACACCGACCCCGGCCAUGGGCCAGCAGCAGCAGCAGCAGCAGCCUCACCACCAUCAGCCGCACUCGUCGUCGUCGUUGCGCUUCGGGCAAAACUACAACAAUCUCAACAACACCGUUAACAACAACCUGUCCAACGCAAACAUGCAGAACAAUCACAAUCUGUACAGCCAGCAACAGCAACAGCAGCCAGAGUCCUCCUCCCAGCAGCAAACGCAAGCCCUCAACAACCAGGUGCUGCCGGGUGUGAGGGCCAAUAACUAUUGGGAUAACUUCCGAAGCUACUCAAGACAAAAUCUUCUAUCGAGCAACAGCUGCAAAAGCAAUGAGGAAUCAUGCUCCCAAAGUGGCAGUGCUGGUGGCGGUGGUAGUGGUGGUGGUGGUGGCGGCGGUGGCAGUAGUGCUGUUGUCGGAGCAGGAGCAGGCAAUGGGAUUGGAUGUGCCGGGUCCGGAACUGUCAGUGGAGGAGGAGGAGGAGCUGGAUUCAGUGGCGGCAGUGCUGGCGGUGGAACGGGUUGCAAUACGAUCAACAAUCAGCUGCAGCGCAACAACAGCAAUGCGUCGAACCAGUACAUGAACAACCAGAGCAACAAGUACCAGCAGUCGCUCAACAUCACGCGCAACAACUCGCUGAGCAAUGCGAACCAGGCGAACAGUGCCGGUUUGUGCCAGGAGCUGGACUCGUCCAUGUCCCACGGAUACCAUCCGAAUCAGGACGGCUCGAUUACCGAUGACUGUGCAGGGCAAAUGGUUGACCAUCAUCAUCAGCAGCAGCAGCAGCAGGUGGUGCAGCAACAAGCUCCACUGCCGAAUGUCGGCGGCCAGCCGAUGCACGGAGCAAGAGCUGCGCAGCAAACGUUCCCGUCACAGCAACCGAUCCUACCCGGGCGUCAGCAGCAUCGCGGCCAGCCAGUGGGAACGGUUCAAGCGCAGCAUCCGUACGGUCACACACACCAACCGAGCGUACAGCCUCAGUCGGUCCAGUCGCAACAUUCAUCGUCUGCUUUGCUGCAUCAGCCAUCUCCACAUCAGCAACAAAUUGCGCCCCAACAGCAGCAGCAGCAGCAGCAACCACACUCCCACCAUGCACCCCUGAACCAGUCCAAUUCGCUCGAUCUCGGCGAGCUGCAGUUUCACACGAACCCGAUCAAUCUGGGGCUGGCGAACAAAACGCACCCGAAAGCGAGCGGACACAAGAAGUAUCCGCUUUCGCUACGCUCCUGUCGGGAUGCGGGUGCCGGCGGGGAAGGCAGCAGCGGAUGCUACGUGUCCGGCGGUGGUGAUAUGAAUCUGGCGUCCACCUGCACCUAUCAGCAUGAUUCAAAGUCGACCUCGAAACUGUUCGAAGCGCUGAAGGAAAACGUUUACCAGGAGGUGAAGAAUCUCAUUACGGCCAACGAAUCGCGACCCCACUUUCUCAUCCAGCUAUUCCGGGAGCUGCAGCUCAUUUCAUCCGAUCCGCUGCGCCAGCGCACGCUGCAAUCGAUCCAGGAGCUGUACAAUCGCUACAUUGAGUCGACGCUGCAGGAGGAAAACCACGUGAACAAUGUGGGAAGCAACAAUUUGCUCGCCUCGUCCGGGUUGGCCAACAUGCCGGAAGGUGUAAAUGUUGGUGGGGAAAGCAUCAAUGCGGAGCAGCCGCGCAACACGCCACCACGGGAGCAAAGGAGCGAAGAGUCUACCGUUGAGCUGGAGGUGGUCCAAAACUAUACGAAUCUUCGUCAACAGCAGCAGCAGCAGCAGCAACAACAACAGCAGCAAUAUCAUUACAUUCCUGCUGCAGGAUCGGAUCAGGCGGGAGGAAACCUUCCGGCCACGUCCGCUGGUGAGGUACUAGCAGGCGGCUCCUUACCGAAUGCGCCCUCCACAUCGUCAAACUCACCGCCCGGGGCUGGCCGUCGCCUUUCCGCCGUUCGGCCGCUUAACCAGGAGCAGCUUGUCCCCUUGGCGGUGGCCAACUCGGAGAUCAUCAACAUCAUUAUGGGCGACAUUGUGUCCGUGAUCAACUCGGUCGAUUACAUCAACGAUUCGGUGCUGUUUAAGAUCGCGGGUGUCAUCUGCAACCAUGCGACCGGUGGAGCGUCGAUGGAUUACGGCCAACCCAGUGGCGACGCCGGCCAGCAACAUCACCAUCAUCAUCACCAUCAGCACCAUUACCAUCAUCACCAUGCGCGGACGGGACAGUCGCCGGCCGCAUCGUUGCUGGCCGCUGCCUCAUUCCUCUCCGCCCAAGGCGAUGAUCCACAAGCGGGUGGUGGUGACAUGAGCAGCGGUGCCGCCGGUGCUGGCAGUGCCGGUGGGGACGUGUUCAGUCGGGAGGACUUUUUGCGCCACCUGGAAAGCUGGAAUCGCACGGACAAGGACGAGUUUAUCUCCAAUUUGGAGAACUUUCUGAACAACAUUCUGCUCCGAUCGUCCGCCGUGGAGGGUGAGGAGGGGGACGAGGAGGAGGACGCAAUCACGGGCGUGCCACUGUCGGUGGGAGGUCAGCAAAGUGCGGCCUACGUGAACGAGGUACCGCCUGACGGUGCGAUCGGUUACGAGGGAGGCACCGCGGGCAAUUCAGCGGGCAGUGAUGUUGGGGGGAAUGGGAAUGGGAUUGUCCCGUUCAACGGGGAAGAGCAACGUCCGCUGGAAUCGGCCGUAGUGGUCAGCUCGAGCUCGUCCAACGUGGUGUACUCGUCGACGACGUACGAUCUGGCCGAAGCGGAUCAAGUGUGCGAUAUGGAAAAUCCAUCCGGCAACAGUAUGGCAGCGGGUGGCCCUAGCGGGGGAGCUUCCUCCGCUGCCAUCGAGCAUCCGACCGGUGGGACCAACUUUGACGAUCGCUGGACCGUUGUGGUGCAAAAGAAGCCGGCUACUUCGGCAGUGGAAGAACAGCAGGUUGGAGCGAACGGCCGCGAUGAGGGACGAACACAACCAAGGAUGGGUGGAAUGCAGCAGCAGCAGCAGCAGCAACAGACACACGGUGGCAUGAACGGUGGGCCUAGUAGUACUAAUGGAAACAUCCCACCCGGAGGGGGAGGAAACAAUGGCAACAACAUCAACAACAAUUGGCAGUCGGAAGAGGUUGCCGAUGAGCAUUUGGAACAGACCGAGGAACACCGUUCAUCCUACUAUUGAAAGAAUACUCCUAAAAAAUAAGCAUUAAAAACGGGAUUAGAUUGUAUGGAAUCGUGUUCCUGCUUGACUGUCGGUUUGCGUAACCGAGCAACAUCUCUCUGAAUGUGAUGAAGAAUACGGCUAAUAACCAUUACUCGUCAAUCGAACCGUGCAACGUGUAUUGCUACUACGGUCUAUAAUCCGAUUAGAAAAGAUUCAACUAAUUCGAAUCCUAAUAUAUGUAACACACAUCUACUAUCUCACAA